UCAUGUCGUCAGUCGUCGCGCUUAUAGGUUUAACCUUUCCCUCACAUGAAAUUAUGCUUUGUCACUUGUUCUACUGCUGGAUGAAGCCGUUAAGCGUUUAUAUUUUUCGUACUAGUUAAAUCGUCAGGAGGGACGCAUACGCUGGAGCAGAUGCUCUUAUUUUACCAGUUUGAGGUGGAGAUCGAGUGGAAGGAGAACAGUCGCUUCGGGGAAUGCAAACCUAGAGCUGAUAUUUAAUAAUUUGGAUGAUGGAACCUGCAGCGAAGCAGAAAGUGAUUUACAUCACCUACCUCAUCGCAGCUCUGGACGUCACAUGGCUCUUUCUCCAGUUCUCCAUAACACCGUAUUUGGCGAAGAGGCUCGGGUUCGACACUAUUUGGUUCGGAUAUCUGCAGACCACAGUUGGAGUGAUUCAGCUGCUUGGAGGCCCUAUUUACGGAAGGUUUGCAGAUGUGUUUGGAGCACGAGCAGCUCUCACUGUGUCUUGCUUGGCAUCAGUGGUUUAUUUCCUACUGUUGACCGUGGCAGACAGCACUUUUAUGCUUUUCAUGCACAAACUACCUGCUGUUUUCAUGCAUGGACUGCCAGGAGCUCAAAUGGUGGUAGCAGAUUUGUCAGAGAAUGAGAAGCGAGCAGAAGCUCUUGGGAAACUUGGCCUCUGUUUUGGCAUUGGCAUGAUAGCAGGAUCAACACUGGGUGGGACCCUCAGCACACGCUUUGGGGAAAAGUUUGCAGCAUCUUUUGCAGCUAUCGGGAGUUUUGUUUCCUUGCUUUUGGUGUUGAACUUCAUACCUAAACAGACCAAAAUACACACCGCUCCAGAGAGUGAAAAGAAGGGACCAUCAAAGUCAGUGUUUAAUCUGGGGGAGAUCACUAGACUGAUGAAGUUUCCAGGUGUUGCGAAGACGUUUAUAGUGAAGAUUAUCUCUGGAUUGCCAUCAGGUAUAUUUCAAGUUAUGUUCUCCAUCAUUGCCAUAAACUUCUUCGAACUGAAGGCUGAGCAGAAUGGCUAUCUGAUGGCUUACUUUGGCAUUGUUCAAAUGGUGAUCCAAGGUGCUGUAAUUGGGCGUCUUACAUCUAGAUUUUCAGAAUAUACCUUACUUCUGCUCUCUGUUGGGAUAAGCAGUGGAGUGGGCCUUGCACAGGCUAUGAUGACCAAUGUGUUUCAAUUUUGUUUAAUCGUGAUACCGAUGAUGUUUUCUCUAAGUGUCUUCAAUGUCAUCACAGAUAGCAUGUUGACCAAGAGUGUGUCUCCCUCUGACACAGGAACAAUGCUGGGUCUGUGUGCUUCGGUGCAGUCUCUUUUGCGAACUGUGGGGCCAACUAUUGGAGGAUUCCUCUACGAGACAUACGGUGUGCCAUCCUUCGGAUUUAUCCAGUGUGUCAUCAAUGCUGCUGUCUUUAGCCUUCUGCUUGCCACUGGAGGGCGCUCACAGCCACGUAGACCAUAAAAAUUGUAAAAAAGUUUUUGAGUAUCUGUUUGUGGCCACAUUGUGUGAGAGAGGGCUGUUAAAGGACAGCUCCGGCGCAAAAUGAACCUUUGGUCUAAUUACACAUUGUUACCCAUUCAACCGUUAUCUGAGAUUUGUU